AGAAACCAGAUUUUAUACAUUAUAGAGUAGUUUAGAUAUAUAGUUGAGUAACAUUAUAAUUAAACUUUCUUUAAAAGCAAUUUAGUAUGUACCUGCUAUAUUUUCCUCAUUACAUAAUCAAAAAUUAGAUUAUGAAAAAAGCCAUACCUUUUUUAUUUGCAUCAGCCAUUUAUUAUGGUGUUUUAUGUUCCGGUUCAGUAUUUGGAUGUAACUGUGAAGUAGAUUGCUCAUGUACUUUUCAAAAUUGCUCUGCUGGUCAAUAUUGGAGUAAUGAAGGAUGCCAAACUUGUCCUCCUGGUUAUUUUUGUGAAGGUUUGUCUAAUCCUGCUCAACCCUGUUUUGCUGGCACUUUCAGCUCUGCAAUAUCAGCUGUUUCCAAUCAUACAUGCCAAAGUUGUUCAGAUGGGACAUAUAGUUUAUUAGGUGCUGUAAAAUGCACUCUAUGUCCAGCUGGUUAUAAAUGUCAGUUAAAUGGGACAAUAGAAUUAUGCGAAUUUGGAACAUAUUCAGUUCUAGGACAAGCAUCUUGCAAUUCCUGUCCGCCAGGAUUUGUUUGCAGUGCAACUGAUGCUUUACCACAGCAUUGUCAAGGUGGUUUUAUACCAAAUAUCACAUCACAAAAGUGUGAUGCAUGUAGUGCUGGAGAAUAUUCAUACAACGGAACAACAACUUGCCAGAGUUGUGCUGAUGGAUUUUAUAGUUCAGAGGCUUCAAUUCAGUGUUUACCUUGUCCAAUUGGAUAUAGCUGUGAAGAUAAAGUUGCUCCAAAAAAAUGUUUAAAAGGAUCUUAUUCAUCAGAAAAUCACAUGUCAUGCAAUGACUGUCCUAUUGGUCAUGGAUGUCCAGUAGAUGGAUUAGGUGCACCAUCUAUGUGUGUUAAUGGAACUUAUCAAAAUGCAACUAAACAAUUACAAUGUCUUUUUUGUCCUGCUGGUCAUAUGUGUCCAAGUAUUGAUAUGACACCUAUACCUUGUGCUGAUGGAUUUUACAGUGCCACAGGUGUUAUGGGGUGCAUUAAAUGUCCUUCUGGUUACAGCUGUGAAGAUAAAGUUACUCCAACCAAAUGUUUAAAAGGAUCUUAUGCUUCAGAAAAUCACAUGACAUGCAAAGAUUGUCCUAUUGGUCAUGGAUGUCCAGUAGAUGAAUUAGAUGCACCAUCUAUGUGUGUUAAUGGAACUUAUCAAAAUGCAACAAAACAAAUACAGUGUCUUCUUUGUCCUGCUGGUUAUAUGUGUCCAAAUAUUGAUAUGACACCUAUACCUUGUGCUGAUGGUUUUUACAGUCCUGUUGGCGUUAUAGGGUGCAUUAAAUGUCCUUCUGGUUACAGCUGUGAAAAUAAAGUUACUCCAACAAAAUGUUUAAAAGGAUCUUAUGCAUCAGAAAAUCUUAUGUCAUGCACUGAUUGUCCUGUUGGUCAUGGAUGUCCAGUAGAUGGAUUAGAUGCACCAUCAAUGUGUGUUAAUGGAACUUAUCAAAAUGCAACAAAACAAAUACAGUGUCUCCCUUGUCCUGCUGGUCAUAUGUGUGCAAAUAUUGAAAUGACACCUAUACCUUGUGUUGAUGGUUUUUACAGUACCACUGGUGUUAUGGGAUGCAUUAAAUGUCCUUCUGGUUACAGCUGUGAAGAUAAAGUUACUCCAACAAAAUGUUUGAAAGGAUCUUAUGCAUCAGAAAAUCACAUGUCAUGCACUGAUUGUCCUAUUGGUCAUGGAUGUCCAGUAGAUGGAUUAGAUGCACCAUCUAUGUGUGUUAAUGGAACUUAUCAAAAUGCAACAAAACAAAUACAUUGUCUUCCUUGUCCUGCUGGUUAUAUGUGUCCAAAUAUUGAUUUGAUACCUGUGUCUUGUGCUGAUGGUUUAUAUAGUGUUUCUGGUGUUAUGGGGUGCAUUAAAUGUCCUUCUGGUUACAGUUGUGAAGAUAAAGUUACUCCUACAAAAUGUUUGAAAGGAUCUUAUGCAUCAGAAAAUCACAUGUCAUGCACUGAUUGUCCUAUUGGUCAUGGAUGUCCAGUAGACGGAUUAGAUGCACCAUCUAUGUGUGUUAAUGGAACUUAUCAAAAUGCAACAAAACAAAUACAGUGUCUCCCUUGUCCUGCUGGUCAUAUGUGUGCAAGUAUUGAAAUGACACCUAUGCCUUGUGCUGAUGGUUUUUACAGUGCUACUGGUGUUAUGGGGUGCGUUAAAUGUCCUUCUGGUUACAGUUGUGAAGAUAAAGUUACUCCUACAAAAUGUUUGAAAGGAUCUUAUGCAUCAGAAAAUCACAUGUCAUGCACUGAUUGUCCUAUUGGUCAUGGAUGUCCAGUAGACGGAUUAGAUGCACCAUCUAUGUGUGUUAAUGGAACUUAUCAAAAUGCAACAAAACAAAUACAGUGUCUCCCUUGUCCUGCUGGUCAUAUGUGUGCAAGUAUUGAAAUGACACCUAUGCCUUGUGCUGAUGGUUUUUACAGUGCUACUGGUGUUAUGGGGUGCGUUAAAUGUCCUUCUGGUUACAGUUGUGAAGAUAAAGUUACUCCAACAAAAUGUUUAAAAGGAUCUUAUGCAUCAGAAAAUCAAAUGUCAUGCACUGAUUGUCCUAUUGGUCAUGGAUGUCCAGUAGACGGAUUAGAUGCACCAUCUUUGUGUGUUAAUGGAACUUAUCAAAAUGCAACAAAACAAAUACAGUGUCUCCCUUGUCCUGCUGGUCAUAUGUGUGCAAGUAUUGAAAUGACACCUAUGCCUUGUGCUGAUGGUUUUUACAGUGCUACUGGUGUUAUGGGGUGCGUUAAAUGUCCUUCUGGUUACAGUUGUGAAGAUAAAGUUACUCCAACAAAAUGUUUGAAAGGAUCUUAUGCAUCAGAAAAUCACAUGUCAUGUACUGAUUGUCCUAUUGGUCACGGAUGUCCAGUAGAUGGAUUAGAUGCACCAUCUAUGUGUGUUAAUGGAACUUAUCAAAAUGCAACAAAACAAAUACAGUGUCUCCCUUGUCCUGCUGGUCAUAUGUGUGCAAGUAUUGAAAUGACACCUAUGCCUUGUGCUGAUGGUUUUUACAGUGCUACUGGUGUUAUGGGGUGCAUUAAAUGUCCUUCUGGUUACAGCUGUGAAGAUAAAGUUGCUCCAACAAAAUGUUUGAAAGGGUCUUAUGCAUCAGAAAAUCACAUGUCAUGUACUGAUUGUCCUAUUGGUCAUGGAUGUCCAGUAGAUGGAUUAGAUGUACCAUCUAUGUGUGUUAAUGGAACUUAUCAAAAUGCAACAAAACAAAUACAGUGUCUCCCUUGUCCUGCUGGCCAUAUGUGUGCAAGUAUUGAAAUGACACCUAUACCUUGUGCUGAUGGUUUUUAUAGUUUUGGUGGUGGUAUGAGUUGCAUUGAGUGUCCUCCUGGUUACAGUUGUCAAAUAAAAAGUGAGUCACCUGUAGAAUGCGACAUUGGUACUUAUUCAACAGGUGGUAUUUUAAAAUGUUUAAAUUGCACUGUUGGACACUAUUGUCCAUCAAAGUCAACCAUCAGUCCAAUACCUUGCCCUUCAGGUUUGUAUUCUACUAUAGAAGGACUUGGUAGAUGUACUCAGUGUCCUCUAGGUCAUAGGUGUGUAUCUAUAAGUGAUAAUCCAGAAGAAUGUCCCCUAGGAUACCACUCAUCUACAUUGGGAUCAUCAUACUGCUCUCCUUGUUCACUGGGAUAUUACACAGCAGUAACUGGGACUACUAAUUGCCUACCAUGUCCUGUUGGAUAUAUGUGUCCAAAUGCAAGCAUGGAACCUCAAAAGUGUGGAAUCAAUGAGUAUCAGCCCAAUCAAGGUAGAGAUUUUUGUUUAAUGCUUCCAUCUGGUAUGGUUGUAUCUCCUGAGGGUUUACUCAUUGAUUGCUCAACUAUGCCUGGUACCUAUUCAAAUGGUACAGCUUGUGUACCCUGUCAUAAAGGUUUUUACUGUCCCUCAUCUAUGCUUCCACCAAUACCGUGUCCAAAUGGAACAUAUUCAGAUUAUCAAGGUGCUGUUAGAUGCAUUGUUUGCCCUUCUGGUUUUCACUGUUUAUAUCCUGAAGAUUCACCUCAGAAAUGUAUUCAAGGUACUUAUAGCACUGCUGGCCAAACAACUUGUCAGAUAUGUCCUAGUGGUCAAUAUAGUUACAAUGCUUCCUCUUUUUGCUCUCAAUGUCCUGGUGGUUAUAUGUGUGCAAAUGGAACUGCUGUUGUUAUUCCUCCUGUUUUAUGUCCUCAAGGUACUUUUAGUCCGGAAGGAUUUGGAAAAUGUUUGCAAUGCCCUUCAACAACAUACAGCAACAGUGGUGCUCAUUUUUGUUUGCCUUGUCCUGUUGGCUUUAUAUGCAAUGAUCCCUCAGCAUCUCCGGUUGCAUGUUUGUUAGGAACUUACUGGAGCAAUUCAGAUGGAUUUUCCAAAUGUCUUUCUUGUCCAUUUGGCUAUAGCUGUCUCAAUCCGACUCAACCUCCAGUACCAUGUGUCUCAGGCACUUAUUCAACUGGAGGAAAUUCUACUUGUCUUCCUUGCCCAGCUGGUAAAUCUUGUAUUGAUCCAUCACAAAUCCCAAUUAACUGCCCUGUAGGAACAUAUAGCCCAAGUAAUGUUUCAUAUUGUUAUCCAUGUCCAGCUGGUAGUUAUUGUGAAACUAAUGAGUACAUAAGUGGAUUAUGUUCAGUUGGAACAUAUUCAUUGAAAGGAGAUUCAACUUGUAACAACUGCCCGGCUGGCUCAAUGUGUCCUAGCACAAAAAAUAUACCGAUUCCUUGUAGAUUGGGUCAGACCACUGGAGGUUUCAUUAAUCAAACAAGUUGUGUAACUUGCCCUGCAGGGUAUGAAUGCCCUACCACAGCAAGUCCAAUGAUACAAUGUGCAUUAGGCACAUUCAGUUUGGGGGGAGCAACAAUUUGCACAUUAUGUCCAGCUGGAUAUAAAUGCCCUGAUACCUCUAAGCGGCCAGUAAUUUGUGCAGAUGGAGAGUAUUCUUCAGGGGGUCAACAAACCUGCUCUGUAUGCCCUGCUGGCUAUUCUUGUCCAUCAAAAGCAACUUAUCCACCUGUAAUCUGUCCUUUAGGUAGUUAUUCUCCUGCUGGAAUCUCAUAUUGUAUUGUUUGCCCUGCUGGUUAUAUGUGUGAAAACCAAACUGUAUUAAGUCCAACUUUAUGUAAAGAUGGAGAAUAUACAGAUGGAAACAGUAUUGAAUGUAAAGUUUGUCCACCUGGUUGGCAAUGCCCUUUAAAAAAUGGGAUUAAAAAUAGUCAGUGUGUUUAUGGAACAUAUUCUCCUGGAGGUUUGACAUCAUGCAUUGUUUGUCCUGCUGGUAUGGAAUGCCCUAGCACUACAAUACUAAAUGCUACUCAAUGCAACCCAGGAUCUUUUUCAACGGGUGGGCAAGUGAGAUGUACCCCAUGUCCUGCUGGAAAUUAUUGUCCUUCAAUUAUAGCAGCCACCAUAAAUGCUUGCCCUACAGGUUUUUAUAGUGUAGGCGGACAAGAUGUAUGUUCAGAGUGUCCAGCUGGAUUUUCAUGUCCUAGUAACUAUGAACCUUUACUAAUUGCUUGUCCAUUAGGAUAUUAUUCACUUUCAGGAAGCUCAAGUUGCACUGCAUGCCCUGCUGGAAUGUACUGUCCGAAUACAACAUCUCCUGGUUUAGACUGUCCUACUUCAUAUUUCAGUUAUGGUGCUGCAUAUAUAUGUAAUCCAUGUCCAAAAGGAUUUUAUUGUCCCAAAAAAGACGCAUCUCCUAUUAUUUGCCCCACAGGUCAAUACACAAACACAUCUAGCGAGGUUUGUUUUAAUUGUGCACAAGGAUAUAUUUGCAUUAAAGGAAGUAUUUCAUCACAUCCUGAAUCGGGAUUAUGCCCUAUAGGUUAUUACUGUCCUGAUUCAAAACAGAUGCAGCCUUGUCCACUUGGAACUUAUGGUAAUAAGUUCGGAGCAAUAAGUCAAAAUGAUGGAUGUUUUCCUUGUCCUGUUGGAUACUUUUGUAACCAGCUACCAACUAUAGGUUAUCCUGGUGAAUCUAAUAGGUGUCCUCGUGGGCACUAUUGUUUAGCAUCAACAUCAAGCAUGUAUCAGUAUCCAUGUUUAGAUGGGACAUGGAACAAUAAACUUGGUCUAGAGAGUCAAAAUGGGUGUUUAGAGUGUAAAGCUGGAUAUUAUUGCAGUGGUGGCGAUGGUAAUGGUGACAGUUUAUGUCCUGCUGGUCACUAUUGUCCUCAUGGAACAAAUUCUUCUUCACAAUAUAAAUGUCCUGAUGGAACUUACACUGAACAACAGGGUUCUACAACAAUUACUGAUUGCAAAACAUGUCCUGCUGGUUUUUACUGUCCUUCUGGAUCAGAAGCUCCAGUUGCAUGCCCUGCAGGAACUUACAAUCCUUUAAGUAACCAGGAAGAUAUUUCCAAGUGUAGACUAUGUAUUUCUGGAAUGGCAUGUCCAGAAACUGGUCUAACAUACCCAACUGAGAGUUGCUAUGCUGGGUAUUAUUGUCCACUUGGUUCAGCUAUUCCAUAUGCAAAUCCUUGCCCUGCUGGCACUUACUCAGACUAUAGAAAUCUUACUUCAGCAGUUGAAUGUACAGUUUGUCCUCAAGGCCAAGCUUGUAGUACAGGAACAGGUGGUUUUGAAAAACCCCCUCAAGCAUGUGGAAAAGGCUACUGGUGUCCCCUUGGUACACAAUAUCCAACACAAUAUCCUUGUCCAGCAGGUUCUUGGUCAAACUUAACUAAUCUGUACACUCAAAGUGCUUGUUAUGUUUGUCCUAAAGGCUGGUUUUGUUUGCAAAAUGCUUCUUCACCCACUGGAAUUUGUCCCACUGGUCAUUAUUGUCCCUCUGGUACACAAAGUGCAACUCAAUUUCCUUGUGCAGCAGGUACUUACUCAAAUAGAACUGGAAAUACCAGAUGGGAAGUGUGCGAACAAUGCCUGGAAGGCAAUUAUUGCCCUCAAGGGUCAUCAAACCCUACUCCUUGUCCUCAAGGAAAAUAUAGACCAAUGCUCAAAGGCAAAUCACUUGGUGAUUGUACUAUAUGCACUGGUGGUUUUUACUGUCCCAUUAAAGGUACUGUUGAUCCAUUACCUUGUGAUGCUGGUUAUUUUUCACCUCCUGGUGCAUCAAGUUGUACUAGUUGUCAAGUGGGAUAUUACUGUAUGUUAAAUACAACAAGUUAUGAGUUGAUGAGUACGCAAUUUAUAUGUCCUGCUGGAAUGCACUGUCCUAGUGGGUUGUCUUAUCAGCCGUUUCCUUCGAGCAACCCUUGUUUGGCGGGUUAUUAUUGCGUGCAAGGAGACAAAUAUCCUAGUCCUCAAAAAUGCCCCAAUGGCACAUACAGUUCAUUUACUAAUCUAAAAGAUAUUAGUGAGUGUCAGCCAUGUUUACCUGGUUACUACUGCGAAUCAGAAGGUCAAACUCAACCAACUGCUCCAUGUUUGCCAGGUUACUAUUGUCCGGUUGGCACAUCAUCUAGGUAUGCUUAUCCAUGUCCCGUUGGUUUUUAUAGAAAUGCUUCAGCUGCUUUAUCUAGCAUGGACUGUAGCAGUUGUUUUGCUGGAAUGUAUUGUGACAUAGAAGGAUUAGCAUUUCCAAAAUUAUGUCCACAGGGAUACUUUUGUCCUUCAAAAUCAACUAUUCCACAGCCAUGCCCUGCUGGUUACUAUGGAAAUGUAACUGGUUUAAAAAGAAGUAAAGAUUGCACACCAUGUGAAAAAGGUUUAUAUUGUGCUGGUCCUGGAAAAAAGAAGCCAACAGGUGAAUGUGAUGCUGGUUAUUACUGUAUUGGAGCUGCUACUGUUUCAGCCCCCCCUGGAGACAUUACAGGUGGGCUUUGUCCAAAAGGAGGAUUUUGUCCCCAAGGUGCAACAUAUCCACAAGCUUGUCCAAUUGGUUUGUAUAACAGUGAUUAUGGAGCUAAAUCAGCAAAUGACUGUUUGCCUUGUACCCAUGGAUUUUAUUGUGCUGGUACUUUUAUGAAUGGCCCUACUGGUCCAUGUAAUCCAGGAUUUUACUGUAAUGGCAGUGCUACAAAUCCAAACCAAUAUUCAACUCCUGCUGGAUACUAUUCAUUAAAACAAGCAUCUUUUCCUGUUCCAUGUGAUCGUGGUUAUUAUCAAUCUUCUGAUCGUGCCUCAAGUUGUAAUUUAUGUAGCAAAGGUUCUUUUUGUAACAGAACUGGGUUAAGUAUUCCUGAGAACUGUUUAAUAGGUCAUUACUGUCCAGAUGGAACUAAAGAUCCAUAUCCAUGUCCUAAAGGAACAUUUAAUCCUGAAUUAUCAAAAGUAAAUGAAACAGAUUGUAAUCCAUGUCCCGCUGGAAAGUAUUGUGGUUCUACAGGUUUGGUUGCACCAACUGGUGAUUGUUUUUCUGGUUAUUAUUGUUUGCUUGGAUCACCAGAGCCUAAUCCUGCAUUUAACAUAUCUAAUCCUGGAAACAUUUCCAACUUUAUAAGCAAUGGAAAAUUAUAUGGAGGCAUUUGUCCUCCAGGUUAUUACUGUGAAACUGGCACUAAACAACCUUUUCAGUUUCCAUGUCCAAUAGGAACUUAUAACCCAAUAAUUGGAGCCACUAAUAUCUCAUUUUGCUUGCUGUGCCCAGGAGGAAAAUAUUGUGAAACACCAGGUUUGUCUGUCCCUACAGGCAAUUGUUUUGCUGGUUAUUAUUGUAAUGAAGGAGCUAAGCAAGGAGGACCAUUAGACAAUGUUCAGGGAAAUAUAUGUCCAGUGGGAUUUUAUUGCCCAUCUGGGGUGAAUACACCAUUACCAUGCCUUCCAGGGACUUACAGCAAUAUCACACAGCUUGCGCAAUGUCUCGGUUGUCCUCAACGGUACUUCUGCAACAACAGAGUGUAUCCAGAAAUAUGUCCACCUGGUUAUUUUUGCAAACUAAACACAUCAUUUGAAACAAAAAUGCCAUGCCCACCUGGAACAUAUAAUACUGUUGGAGGUUUAGCAAGCAUUGCUGAAUGCAGUGCCUGUCCUCCAGGAAAAUUUUGUGGUGAAUAUGCCGUAACUGAAUUUACAACAGGGAACAAUUCUGGUUCCUGUAAAGCUGGAUAUUAUUGCAGAAGUGGGGUUAACUCAAGCCAGCCUCAUCCUCCUUUAUCAACUGGGGUUGGUAAUAUAUGUCCUGCUGGGUACUACUGUAAAGAAGGUACUAGCGAUUAUAUAGCAACCCCUUGCCCACCUGGAAAAUAUUCUGCUGUCUCUGGAUUAACUAAAGUGGAAGACUGCACAGAUUGUGAUAAUGGUUAUUAUUGUAAUGGAACAGGAUUAACUGUCCCAUCAGGUCUAUGUGAUCCAGGAUUUUACUGUUACAGAGGAUCUGUAUCAAAAAACAAUCCUAUUGAUAAUGGAGUAAGUGGACCAUGCCCUGUUGGUCAUUACUGUACUGCAGGAACAUCAACACCGAUGGGGUGUUCUUCUGGAACUUACAUGCCUGUAACAGGAUCAUCAAAAUGUUGGUCAUGUCCUGCUGGGUAUUAUUGUUCUUCGAAUAUAUCAAGUUAUAUUGACUAUGAAUGUCCUAUGGGUUAUUAUUGUCCCAAUGGAACAAAAUAUGCCAAACAGUACUCUUGUCCGUUAGGCACUUUUAGAAAUGCAACACUUGGAAAAUCAAUAUCAGACUGUUUUCUAUGCCCUCCAGGUUAUUAUUGUGCUAGUAAUGGACUUUUCCAGCCUUCAGGACUAUGUGAUGAUGGAUUUUACUGUGUUGGUGGUGCUACCAUUUCUAAUCCAAUUUUUAGUUAUAACUACAACACUAGUUUAAAUUUUGUUUGUCCUUCCAAUAUGACAGGUGAUGUAUGCCAACCUGGUUUUUUUUGCCCUAAAGGAUCAGCAUUUCCACAAAUCUGCCCUGGAGGUUUUUACUGUUCUGGGAAACAGAAUUUUAAUUACACUGGUCCAUGUGAAGCAGGAUACUUUUGCAUUAAUGGAUCAUCAACUUCUCGUCCUGUAAAUCUUAUAUCAGGAAAUAUCUGCCCGCAAGGUUUUUAUUGCCCGCAACAAACUCAGGUGCCUGUGCCAUGUCCUGCUGGAACAUACUCUAACUCUACUGGAUACAAGAAAGAAGAAGAUUGUUUAUUAUGUCAAGCUGGUCAGUAUUGCCAAGGGGUUGGAAAUACAAAGCCUACUGGCCCAUGUGAUGCAGGAUUUUAUUGUCCAAAGAAUCAAUCAGAACCUAAUCCUAUACUUUAUGCAUGUAUCCCAGGUUAUUAUUGCACAAAAGGAUCAUCAGAACCAAAACUAUGUAAUCCUGGUACAUGGACAAACCUUUCUCAACAGUCACAGUGUCAAAUAUGUCUUGAGGGUUAUUAUUGCAGUCUUGAAGAUGCCAAAAAAUCACCAAUUACUGAUUAUUCUUUAUACCCAUGUCCGCAAGGGUUUUAUUGUCCAAAUGGCACUACAUUUGCUACCCAAUAUGGUUGUCCUAAUGGCACAUAUGGUAAUCAAGAAAGGUUUACUCAAUCUAGUCAAUGUUUAUCUUGCCCUCCUGGGAAAUACUGUUUAGGCUCUUCAUCAUCAUGGACAGGAAAUUGCACUAGUGGUUACUAUUGUACAGGUGGUUCAUCGGCUCCAAUCCCAACAAAAUCUUUUGGCAGUAUUUGUCCUGCAGGUUUUUACUGUCCGGAGGGCACUCCAUCUCCACUCCCUUGUCCUGUUGGUACAUUCAAUAAUAUGACAGGUCUUAGCUCUUUAAAUCAAUGUCAACAAUGUUUGUGUGGAAUGUAUUGCAUGAGUCCUGGAAUUGUUUAUCCUAGUGGUUUUUGCGAUGCUUCUUUUUUUUGCACGCUGGCUGCAACUGAUAGUAAAUCAAGUAAUUUAUCAACUGGUGGAUACUGCACUUUAGGACAUUACUGUCCAAAGGGUACAUGUGCACCUUUGCCAUGCAAAGAUGGUACUUAUAUGCCGAAUGUUCUUGCAAGCAGUUGUUGGUCCUGUCCUGCAGGUUCUUACUGUGUUGGUGAUCAUAUUUUACCAAUUCCGUGUCCAGCUGGAUUUUACUGCCCUAAUGGUACAGGUUAUGAUUGGAAACCAUGUCCGGCUGGGACAUUCAGUAGUCAAGUAGGAUUGCAAAAUAUAUCUUUUUGUCAGCCAUGUAUAGGAGGAAUGUACUGUCCAUUCCCCAAUGCUACGUCACCUGCUGGUUUUUGUGCAGCUGGUUAUUAUUGCAGUUAUGGCUCUGACACUGAUAAACCAGAGAAAAAUUAUAACGGAGUGGCAGGACCGUGUACUCCAGGUCAUUACUGUCCAAUAAAUACUACAACUCCAUAUUUAUGUCCUAGAGGGCGAUACGGAAAUUUAACUCACCUAACUAAAGCAGCAGAUUGCACUCUUUGUGAACCUGGUUUUUACUGUGGUAGUGAUGGGUUAGUGAAUGUUUCUGGACUUUGUGAUGAGGGAUUUUUUUGUUUAUAUGGCUCAGAUGUAAAAAACCCUUUCACAACAACUCCAUCAGGUGGACCUUGUCCAAUUGGUCAUUUUUGCCCUUUAGGCACUUCGUAUCCACAGCCUUGUCCAAAAGGCACAUAUAAUAACAAGACAGGACAAAGCAAAUGUGAAGAUUGUUGCAGUGGAUAUUAUUGUAUUGAAAACUCAAUAUCUUGUAACUUAGAAUGUCCUGCUGGGUACUAUUGUCCAAGUGGAGCUGGGGACCCCUAUAAAUAUCCAUGUCCACCAGGUACCUAUAAUAGUUUAACUCGAAAAUUUAGCAUAAAUGAUUGUUUGCCAUGUGAUCCUGGAAAAUACUGUCCCAAUUAUGGAUUAGUCAAUUCUUUUGAUGAUUGUGCAGAAGGUUGGUAUUGUCGAAAGGCUUCAACAUCACCAAAACCCAUUGAUUUUAAUGGGUCUUGUUUGUGUUCUAACCAAUCAACUGGUGGAAUGUGCAGACCAGGACAAUUUUGUAAAAAAGGUUCUGCAGAACCAACUCAAUGUUUGCCAGGUUAUUACUGUGCUUCAUCUGGCCUUUCUAAUUACACUGGAAUGUGUGAUGCAGGUUUUUAUUGUAUCAGUGGUGCAAAGGAGAGCGCACCCACUGAUAAUAUUACUGGAGCUUGGUGUCCACCAGGUAGUUAUUGUCCUCAGGGUUCAUCAUUACCAAAAAGUUGCCCACCAGGAACAUAUUCUAAUGCUUCAAAAAAUCAAAAACUUGCAGAUUGCCUUUUAUGUGAUUCUGGAAUGUAUUGUAGUAGUUGGGGUCUAACAAAGCCUACAGGAAAUUGUUCUCAAGGCUAUUAUUGUCCAAGUGGUCAAAAUACAAGUAAGCCAGAUCAAUAUAGAUGUACACCUGGUCAUUAUUGUCCAUAUGGAAGCUCAAUGCAAAUACCAUGCAUGUCGGGUACCUAUCAAGACCAAUAUUACAGUGUUUCAUGUAAUUUAUGUCCAGAAGGAUACUUUUGUAAUGGGAUUAUUUUAAAUAGUACUGAUUGUUUGGUAGGAGUACAAUUGCCUGAAGUUUGUCCAAGGGGUUAUUAUUGUCCCCCUGGUAUGAAAACAGGAAAUGAACAUGGUUGUCCUGCUGGUGCCUAUGGAGAUCGCAGUGGCCUUACUAAUGCAAGUGAAUGUGUACCUUGCCCUAGAGGUAAAUAUUGUGGAAAAUCUUCCCUAGAUAUGUGGAGCGGUGAUUGUGCAGCAGGGUAUUUAUGCAUUCAAUCUGCACAAAGCUCAACUCCUACAGAUGGUGUCACUGGAGUUAUUUGUCCUAAAGGAUUUUACUGCCCUUCAGGAUCAAAUCAAUCUCUUCCUUGCCCACCAGGUACAUAUAAUCCAACUUUGGGACUUAAAAAUAUUAAUGAAUGCUUAGGUUGUCCACCUGGGCAAUUUUGCAGCGAUUAUGGAAUGAACAUAACAUCUGGAAACUGCAGUGAGGGUUACUACUGCACUAUGAAUAGUUCAUUAUUUAAACCUCUGAAUGAUUUUACAGGUGGUGUUUGUCCAAUUGCACAUUAUUGUCCAUCUGGCACAAGUGUUCCUUAUUCCUGUCUGCCUGGUUAUUACAUGAAUACAACACAAGCAAGUAAAUGUAAUAAUUGUCCAGAAGGGUUUUUUUGUGUGAAUCAAGUUAAACCUGAAUUAUGUUUACCUGGAUUUUAUUGCGAGUCUACAACCGGAUACAAUUUGCUUCCUUGUCCAACAGGUACAUAUAGUGGAGAUUAUGGUCUCAGUUCAAAGUCACAGUGCAAAUUUUGUGAUCCUGGAAAAUAUUGUAGCUACUUAAAUUCAACAUCUCCAACAGGGUAUUGUGCUAAUGGAUUUUACUGUUUAAAUGGAAGUGAUACUUCAACACCAUCAGGUGGUAAUAAAGGAGUUGCUGGUAUUUGCCCACCAGGUUCGUAUUGCCCAGCAGGAAAUGCAUCAUCUCCUAUCUUAUGUCCCAUUGGAACAUUUAAAAAUACUACAUAUGGGGGUGAUUUAUCUGCAUGCUCUCCUUGUUUGCCUGGAUAUUACUGUGCACAAGCUGGACUUUCAUUUCCUACUGGUUUUUGUCACGCAGGAUUUUAUUGUAAACAAGGUGCUCAAGUUGCAAAUCCUCUGACCCUUGAUCCUAACUAUGGACCAUGUCCUAUGGGCUAUUUUUGUCCUAAUGGGACAUCUUCUCCAUUUAAAUGCAAAGCUGGGACUUAUAAUAAUUUACUGCAGCAAGAUUCUUGCUUUUCUUGUCCUCCUGGCUAUUUUUGUGGUAAUGGUUCUAUUAUUUACUCAGAUUGUCCAGCAGGUUAUUAUUGUCCAAAUAGCACAUUAGAUCCAUUUCAAUAUCCAUGUCCUAAAGGAACUUAUAAAAAUUUUACACGCGGGUCAUCAAUAGAUGAUUGCAAACCUUGUCUGUCAGGUAUGUACUGCCAUGGACUUGGUUUAGACAAACCUUCUGGAUUCUGUGAUGGUGGUUGGUUUUGUAGCGGUGGUUCAUGGUCGAAUCAACCUUUUGGAAAUGAAUUAUAUAACAACACUUGGAACUGUCCACUUUUCAACAUUGGUGGAAUGUGCAAGAAAGGUAGUUACUGUCCUACUGGAUCUUCUUUCCCUAUUCCAUGUGAUCCUGGCUAUUAUUGCAAAGAUGAUAAUUUGUCUAAAGUAUCUGGAAUUUGCUCAGCAGGAUACUACUGUAAUGGUAGCUCUAUAGAUGAACAACCUGUUAAUAAAUCAUAUGGUGAUAUUUGUUCACCUGGUUAUUACUGUGAAAUUGGUAGUCGUGCACCUAAACCAUGCGAUGCUGGGUACUUUGCUCCUGGGUUUGCAAAUAAAAAUAGCAGCAGUUGUUUACCAUGCCUUGCUGGAAUGUACUGUUUACAACCAGGUUUACCGUAUCCUACAGGAAACUGUUUUAAAGGGUACUACUGUCCCCCCGGAGAAAUUUAUCCAAAUCCUUUUGGUAAGCUUUGUCAACCAGGUCAUUAUUGUCCAAUUGCAAGCAAGCAACAAAAUGUUUGUAAACCUGGAUUUUAUCAGCCACAUGCUGGUAUGGAAGAAUGCAUAGAAUGUCCUCCUGGAUUCUACUGUGAUCCUACAUUAUUAAACAUAGGAGAAAAUAAUUCCAGUCAAGGUGUUGUAACUCCAACCGUUUGUCCUCCAGGUUAUUUUUGCCCCAAUGGAACUAUUACUUUUAAGGCUUUUCCAUGCACAAAAGGUUAUUUUAGCAACCAAUCUCAACUAUCUAGUCAAGAUCAAUGCUACCCUUGUACUCCUGGCUAUUAUUGUGAUAAAGAAGCAUUAACAUCACCUGCAGGAAAAUGCUUUGCAGGUUUUUAUUGUAACAUUAAAGCAAUUGUUCCAAAUCCGAAUAAUGUUUCUGAAGGUGGUGGGCCAUGUGAUAAAGGUUUUUACUGUGAAUCUGGCUUUUCCAUUCAGCUUCCUUGUCCAACAGGAACUUAUGGAAAUAGAACCCAACUUACUAAUUUAACUGAAUGCAUAGAUUGUGAUGUAGGAAUGUAUUGUGAUGUACCAGGAAUGACAUCUCCAAAAGGAGCUUGUUCGUCUGGCUAUUUUUGUUGGAGAAGAUCAACUGAAUAUGCACCAAUGAAUAAGUAUUAUGGGAAUGUAUGUCCUCAAGGAUACUACUGUCCUCUUGGUACAUCUGUUCCUUAUGCUUGUCCUCCUGGAACAUACAAUAAUAAAACUGGUGCUUCUCAGUCAGCAGAUUGUCAACCUUGUGAUGGUGGAUUUUACUGUAGUGGAAUCGCAAAUGUGCUUCCUGAUGGAUUAUGUAACAAAGGUUAUUAUUGCAGUCAAGCAUCCUAUAGUUCAACUCCAUUGAGGCUUGCAAAUGAGACAUACAACUACUCUACUUGUCCAAUAUAUAGUAUUAAUCAAACAGGUGGGUUAUGUAAAAAAGGAAAAUAUUGUCCAGAAGGAUCUAUAUACCCUAAAGAUUGUGAUAGAGGUAAGUAUUGUGAUUUAGACGGCUUGGCAUUACCUGCUGGAAAUUGCUCUUCUGGUUAUUACUGUGAUUUAAACUCUUUAUCACCAAAUUCUAGUGAAUGUCAAACAGGACAUUACUGUCCUGAAGGAACACCAUUUGAAAUUCAAUGUCCUAUUGGUACAUUUAAUCCUUUUACAAAACAAUCCGAAUUAGUAAACUGCCUAAACUGCACAGCUGGCUUUUUUUGUCCUUAUCCUGGUAUGUCAAACACUUUAUUUCUCUGUUCUCAAGGUUUUUAUUGUCCAUCAGGAUCAGUUACUAAUAAUACUUUUGAAUGCCCUCUUGGUUGUUAUUGUCCGACAGGAAGUGGGCAACCAUUACACUGUCCUGCAGGUCAAUUUCAAAAUAUGACUGGUAUGUAUGAAUGUCAAGAUUGCCCAGAAGGCUAUGCAUGUGAUCCAACUUCUCAAAAUGUUAAUGGAGUAAUUAAGCCUUCCUUGUGUAUUCCUGGCUAUUACUGCCCUCCUAAAACACAGCAUAUACAACAAUACCCUUGUCCGCCAGGAACUUACAGUAACACAAUGGGUUUAACAUCAAUAAAUAGUUGUUUUCCAUGUACUCCUGGUUUUUACUGCUAUGGGUAUGGUAAUACAAAUGUUACAGGAGAAUGCAGUCCAGGAUAUUAUUGUAUAAUUAAGUCAAAUACUUCAAUGCCUAUUGAUGGCACUAUGGGUGAUGUGUGCCCUCUUGGAAUGUUUUGCCCUAAGGGUUCAAUUCAAGGACAGCCUUGUCCAAUUGGAACAUUCAGCAAUACAACUAAACUUCAGCAAUCUACGGACUGUGCUCCUUGCUUAGCUGGUUGGUAUUGCCCAUUUACAGGUUUAAAGAACCCAUUUCAGCCAUGUCAACCUGGUUAUUGGUGCAUUAAGGGUUCAAUUACAUCAACGCCAGAAAAUGAAACUUAUGGUAUAGGAUGUCCAAAAGGAGCGUAUUGUCCAGAGGGUACUCCUUCACCAAUAAGUUGUCCAUUAGGAACUUAUCAACCAAACUACAAAAUGUCUACUAUUAACAACUGUUUAUCUUGUGAACCUGGUUAUUAUUGUGGUAGCCCUGGUCUUUACAAUAUGUCGGGUAAAUGUAUGGAUGGAUAUUUUUGCUCUGGUGGAGCUAUGUCGCCAAACCCAUUAAACGUUAAUGGUAAUGUUUGUCCUAUUGGUUCAUUUUGUUUGGAAGGUUCAGCUUUUCCUACUCCUUGUCCUAAUGGAACAUACACAAACUUUACUGGUUCAAAUAAGUGUCUCCAGUGUCCAGCUGGUUAUAUGUGUACUCGUCAAAUAGCAGCAGAUCCAUGCAAAAUAGGUUAUUAUUGUCUUGAAGGAACAGGUUUCAAUAUUAUUCCUUGUCCUUCUGGAACGUUUGGUUCACGUGUAGGUCUUUCUGAUAUUACGCAGUGCACAAAUUGUACAGCAGGUUCUUACUGUCAAGGAACUGGUAAUAACCAGCCAACUGGUCAGUGCGACCCAGGCUACUGGUGCUUAAAUGGUGUUGAUAAUAAAGCACCUGUAGAUAGUUUAGAUCAUUCUGGAAUUGGAGGGAGAUGUUUUUUGGGUCAUGAAUGUCCAGGAAAUACAUCAUUUCCUUUGCCGUGUCUACCAGGAUAUUUUUCAGAUAUUAUUGGGCUGAGUACAUGCAAACUCUGUCCUGCAGGAAAAUAUUGUAAUGGCUCAACAAUAAUUCCAAAUGAUUGCCCUAUGGGUCAUUAUUGUCCAAGUGGAACACAAUACUCAAUGCAAUACAAAUGUCCACCUGGUACCUACAACAAUAAAAGUGGAUCAUUGAAUAUAACAGCAUGUGUUAUCUGUCCUCCUUCAAUGUAUUGUGAAGGUUAUGGAAAUGUUAUGCCCUCUGGUUUAUGUUCAGAAGGUUAUUACUGUAAAUUUGGAGCAAUUGCUGCUACUCCUUUAAAUUUAGGUUUGCUAAAUGCAAGUAGUUUAUAUGUAAAUACUUCUUGUUAUCAUCCUUUUGAUUGUGUUUGUCCUGCAUGGAAUAUAACUGCAAAUAAUAUAUGUCCUCUUGGAUAUAUCUGUCCUGCUGGAUCCACAAAUCCUAUUAUUUGCCCUUCUGGAAAGUUUUGUGAUCAAAUUGGACUUGCUAUGCCCUCUGGAAACUGUACUGCUGGAUUUUAUUGCCAAUCUGGUUCAGUAACUUCUACAGAGUUUGAAUGUCCUUCUGGUCAUUUUUGUCUCGAAGGAGUUUCCAUACCUGAGCCUUGUCCUAAAGGAACAUAUUAUCCUGGUGUUAAAAACUCUCUCCAAAGCAAUUGUAUUAAUUGUACAGCUGGCUAUUAUUGUGAAAUAAGUGGUUUGGCUACAGUAACUGAAAAAUGUGCAUCUAAGUAUUACUGCCCAGGAGGUCAGUCAACUAGUACUCCAAUUGAAUACCAAUGUACUUUGGGUCAUUAUUGUCCGCCUGGUUCAGAAACUCCAGUUCCUUGUCAAAAUGGAACUUUUCAAAAUCAAACUACACAAGAAAAAUGCAUAACAUGUCCUCCAGGUUCAUAUUGUGACCCUUCAGAAGGUCCUGUAGUUUUACCUAAACCUUGUCCAAUGGGAUAUUAUUGUCCUACUGGCACAUCAUAUAAAAAAACAUUUCCCUGUCCUUCUGGAACGUUUGGUCCCAAAGAAGGAUACUCUAAAAUUGAAGAUUGCAUAUAUUGUACACCUGGAAUGUAUUGUGAUAGACCUGGCUUGGUUUCACCAUCUGGUUUUUGUAAUGAGGGUUUUUAUUGUUUUAUGGGAUCAAAUUCAUCAGAGCCUAUAAAUCAAAUUCUUGCAUUAGAUUGGAAUUUUAAUUACUACAAUGACCUAUGCCCUAAAGGUUAUUACUGUAAUAAUGCAACAUCUACUCCACAACCAUGUUUGGCUGGUUAUUACUCAGAUGAAAGAGGUGUAAAGAAUGAGAAAGAUUGCAAAGAAUGUCCUCCAGGAAAGUAUUGUUACUCUGUUGGAGCUGGAGAAUUGGUAAACCCACCAAAUUGUUCAGCAGGAUAUGUAUGCAAAAGAGCUUCCCCUGUUUCUACACCAGUUAAUAUUUCACUAAGUAUUGGAUAUCCUUGUCCUAAAGGCCACUACUGUCCAGAAGGAUCUUUUAUUGAGUUGGGCUGCAUGCCAGGCACUUAUCAAGAUAACUUAGGCCAAUCAGUAUGUAAACCUUGUGAUCCUUCAUUCAUGUGUAUGGAUUAUCGAAUUAUAACUCCAGUUUUGUGCCAACCAGGUUAUUAUUGUCCAGGAGGAGAGGCUAUAAAAUGUCCACCAGGAACCUUUAGUAAUGCUACAGGAAUUAAAUCAGUAAACUUAUGUAUGAAGUGUACUCGUGGUAAAUAUUGUUCAGGAUAUGGACUAAUAGAACCAACUGGUCCUUGUGCUCCCAGUUUUUUUUGUGAAGGAGGAGCUUCUACUCCAGUUCCUGUUGCAAACAGCAUUUUUCCUAGAAAUGGUCCUUGUCCUAUGGGUUAUUAUUGCACUAUGGGAACCCAGGAACCAGAACAAUGUCCAUCAGGUACCUUUAGAAAUACAACUGGUGCUGCAAACAUUAAUGAGUGUUAUCCCUGUAAACCUGGUUCAUUUUGUGAAACUGAUGGACUUAUUAUACCUUCUGGACUUUGUGCAGCAGGUUGGUAUUGUCCUCCAAAUCAAUCUAAAUCAAAGCCAUCAAACUAUACAUGUCCAGAAGGUCAUUAUUGCCCAGAAGGUGCUGCUUAUCCUAUAGACUGCGAACCAGGAACCUAUCAGCCCUCGCGAAUGCAGAGUUCUUGUUUCGACUGCCCAGCUGGAUAUUACUGUCCAAAUCGUGUAUCAACACUUAUUCCUUGUCCAUCAAGAUUUUUUUGUUUGAAAAGAACAGAAAUACCUGAAAUAUGCCCAAAUGGAACAUUCAGUUAUGACAAUGACACAGGUCUUCAGAAGUCUGAACAGUGUCGACCCUGUAUUUCUGGACAUUUUUGUUACUUAGGAAAUAUCAUUGGAUUAUGUGCAAGUGGAUUUUUGUGCUUAUCAGGUAGUUCAUCUCCAACCCCAGAUUUAAUGAUAGGCCCUAACAUAAAGGUUGGCCCAUGUCCACCUGGAUAUUACUGUCCUUAUGGGUCUGUAGCUCCUUUACCAUGUCCAGAAGGCACUUUUAAAUCUAGUUUUGGUGGUGUAGGCAAUAUUUCAGAUUGUCUUGCAUGUCCUGCUGGCCAACAGUGUUUUCAAGGUGAUCCAACAAUUCAUUUAUGUCCACUUGGGAGUUAUUGUCCAGAAGGUUCUUUGCCUAAAUAUUGUCCUAUUUUAACUUAUCGUGAUAUUUAUGGAGGUAAAAAUGUAUCAGACUGUUUUCUUUGUAAGGCUGGGUACUACUGUGGUAAUGAAGGUAUGUCUAAUGUAAGUAUUAGUCCAUGUCCUGUUGGACAUUAUUGUACUGAAGGACAAUAUCCACAGUGGUGUCCUGCAGGAACUCGAAGAAUAGAGCCUAGUGGAAAAAGUAUUGAUAGUUGUGAAAUAUGUCCUGAACGGUACUAUUGUCCCUAUGGAUCUACAAAUUAUACAGGUAUACCAUGUUCACCUGGAUUUUAUUGCAAAAAUGGAUCAGCUCUUGAAAGUGAAUGUCCAGGUGGAUUUUAUUGUCCGAGUAUGACUGUAAAUCCAUUAUUAUGCCCAGAUGGUUAUUAUUGCACCAAUGGAACUGCUGCUCCUACUAUUUGCGAAUACCCAUAUUAUUGUCCUUCAGGUAGCUCUUAUUAUCAAAUUUGUCCAUUAGGUUACCAAGCCACUACAAUUGCAGGUAAUAGAACAUCGAUAUUAAAUUCUUGCAUGGUCUGUCAAGCUGGUUUUUAUGGUAAUGAUCCUCUGCGAAUAAAUUGUUCCAUUUGUCCUGAAGGUUAUUAUUGCCCUGAAGGUACUAUUGAUCCAUUUCAAAAUGCUUGUAUAAAAGGAUAUUAUUGCCCAGCUGGUGCAUCAGAAGGGUUGCCUUGCCCACCUGGUAUGUACGGGAACUUAACAAAAGCUUCAAAACCAUCGGAUUGUUUUCUGUGUCCUGUAAAUACCUUUAAUAACCUAAAGGGAAUGGAAGCAUGCAGACCAUGUGGUAGUAGUGCACGAUCACAAGAAGGUGAAAUUAAGUGUGCUUGCAUUGGAAUAAAUCGUGCAUUUCAGGUUUCUGAUGGUUCUUGUGAAUGUGAAAGUGGCUAUAUUUACUAUGAUCCAAUGAAUAUCAAGCAAGUUGAGGGAAAUAGUGACAAAUCUUGUCAACCAUUGGUUGCUGACCGCUGUUCUGCAGGAAUGGUGCGCAUGUCCAAUACACUUGAAUGUAUUCAACCUGAUAAUGUACCAGUCUCAUACUGCAACGAAGCUUGUGGAUCAGAUGGAGGGAAAAUUAAUGUAACAGAUGGUCGUUGCACUUGUAAAACAUAUACAGUGUUGUCUCAAGUCUGUAAUAAAAUAUGUCAGUCACAGUCCCCCAUUAUAAAAUUGCAGCGAGAAAAAUCAGGUGAACUAUACCUGCUUAUCAUUGAGAGAUCAACAAACACAGUUUUAAAAAAGAUAUUGCAGAUUGGUGAGUUUGGAAUUAAUGAUUUUGAUUACUCUGAGAGAUCUGUUGAGAUAACAAAUUUUGAUAGUGAAGGCAUUUUCGGUAUAGUCCCAUCAGAUGUCAAUGCUGUUUUAAAUUUUUUAAAUGCUUCAGUAAACCAAUCAGGAUUAGUUUCAAGAAAAAGGCGUAGUGUUGAUGCUCCACCAUCAAAUAGUUUGGUAGGAAUUCGAUCUCCAAUUGUAUGUGUUCUAAUUGAACAGGCAGUUUUUUUCAAAAUAAAUAUUAAUCUUUUUAAUCGUUCAUUAAGUAAUUAUCCUAUCUACAGCAAAAAUCAUUUGUUCAAUUCAAAUCCAUCAUUUGACUAUGGUCAGUUUCGCCAGCUGAAUUUGUUAAUACAGUCAACAAACUUAACACUUUAUUCUUUUGCUAAUGUGUUUUCAGAACCUGGAGUUUAUGUGUUUUAUGAUAAUGCAGACUAUAGAAGAGAAACUAUCAUUUUUGUUCCUAAGAAAGGAGUUUCCUGUCCAGAACGAAUAGAAGCUUCGUCGCCUAUAUUUCUUCCGAAAUUUGGUAUUGGUGUUACUGGGACUCCAAAUGAAUCACCAAAUUGGUCUUUGAUUUGGACAUGCAUUUUGCUUAUGCUUGUUUUUGUUUCUAUCAUGAUUAUUUUAGCUAUUUUAUGGAGACCAAAAGAAAUAGGCAUUUAUCCAAAAAGUUUCUUGCGUCCAAAGUACCGAGCCCUUGGUGCACCAUUACCAGUUAUACCUAUUCCAGGUGUAUCAGAUAAUCUGAAAAAUUAUCAGCAUUUGUCUGUAACAUAUGAUGGCGAUGCUAUUUUUGCAGAUAGUUAUAGCUUGCUUGAGAAUUUUAAUGUGAGAACGUUGUAUGACAAAAUUGAGGACCAGACAUUACAUAUUUCUUCUCAAUUAAGUAAUCAUCAGUUAGAUUUAAGAAGGUUUUAUGAUAAAAUAAUACAACAAACAGAAGGAUUAAAAACGAUGUUAAAAAAUCUGGAUCUUAAAGCUUUAAUGGAGUUUAACAGACAUAGUAAUGAAGAAAAACAUGUAGAAACUGAUAGAUAUCAAAACAGUGAUGUUUUACCAUUUAAAUUACUGUCCAAAAGUGUAUUAACUAGACAAGAAGAGUUGCAAAAAACAUUAAAUUCUUUACUUGAAAGAUACAGUAGCAACUGGCAACCUGUGCCAGUGGCUAAUGUUAGAGUAAAAAAAGAAGUUUCUAUACAAGAUUUUAGCAGUGGGGAUUUAAGUGUGUUACAUAUGAUGAGUGCAGAAAGAAUACAACUAGAGCAAGACCUGCAGGAAGAAGAAAACAUUGCUUUAAAGGAAUUUCAUGAUAAUAAGGAAAAAAAAAGAAAAGCAUUAAUGGCACAGAUGAGUGCAAAGUUGGUUAAUCAACUCUCAGGUGAAUUGAAUAUAAUUGAAAUGAAGCCUAUAAUUGAUAUGCAUGGAAAUGAACUUACAGAAGCUGAUAACUCUUUUAUGGGUAUUCAAGAUGAAAAACUUAAUGCACUAGUUGAGAAGUUAAAGGAAAACAGAGUUGCCAAGAUUAAAGAAUUAAAUUGGCGUCAUGAAAAUAUGGCAAACCAAGGAAAUUUUAAAAUUGCUGAGAUAGAUAUCAUGGAAGAUCUUCAGGUAGAACCACAGCAUAUUGCUUUAGAGUUGGCUUCACUUGAAGAGAGUAAGAAUAAUGCUGAAGAAAAUAUUCAAAAAAUUGCUCAGCAAACAAUAAACUAUAGAAGACUUAUGAGUGACAACUUUGCAGCACAAAUGAAUACAUUGUUUGAGAGCUCUGUAGAGUAUAAUAGUGAAGCUCAAAAAUUAAUUAACGAAGAACAAAAAUUGACAGAAAAACUGCAAAAGGAAUUAGAUUUAAAAAAAGCAGCUCAGAUUGCUAUAUUUGAUGAAAAACUUAAUCAACGUAAAGCUGCUCGGCUAAAGAAACUGAAAGAACAACAAGAAUUAGAAACAAGUUUGGCAUUACAAAAUGGUCAAAGCACAGUUGAACUUGAAAAAAGGUAUGAAAGACAGCAAAAGGUUUUGGAUGCCUCUUUUGAAACAGAGAAAACAGAGCACAUUGCUGAGAUAAACAAAAAAAUCUAUGAAGAAUUUCAAGAAGUAUUUAAGCAGAAUCAUCACCUUCUAAUAAAAAAGAUUGAAAAUAACAAAAAUGUUAAACCUGAAAAAUUAAUGGAAGCAAUAGAUGAGUUAAGAAAAAGUAGCUAUAAUGUUGCUGAAAAACUGGACAAAGAAAUGAAGCACAGCAUAGAAGAGUUUCAGAUAAAACUUGCAGCUCGUAAAGCUAUGAGACAAAAUAAGAUCAAAGAAAAAGCACAAGAAGCUGCAUUGAAAAAGUUAUCUGAUGCACAAAGUGAACUAUUUAUAAGAAACAGUUCUCAAAUUUCCCACGAAGUAACUAUUCCUCAAUUUACCUUCGGAGUGUUACCAGAGAAGCAGACUAUCCUUGUUGAACAACAACGUGUAAUUGAAGAUUUAAAAAGAAAGCAUGCAGAGGAUGCAGAAAAACUAAAUUUAAAAAUAGAAAAUGAUAAUCAAGCACAAAUCAGAAAUGAAAUGCAAGAAUUCCAAACUAAAAAAGAUAAAACUUUGCGAGAAGUUAUGAGCAAGCAAGCGGCAGAACUGAGUACUCGAAAGAAUCUCUCUACUGAAGAAGUUCAAAAGUUGAUUACCAAUCAUGAGCAGGAGUUAAGAAACAUUGUAGAGCGUUUGGAGACAGAACAAGAUAUACGUCAUCAAACAUUGAACAAAAAACUGAUGGAGAGAAAGGAAGCAAGGGGAAAAGCCCUGAAAAAGAUACAAGAAAAUGAACUUGCUCGUGAAUAUCUUGAACAAAGCAAAGAACUCGUCGAUGUUGAAAUUAAAGCGGUAAAAGAUUUAGAACGAGAAACCAUAUUAAAGCUUAUAAAUGAAAAUGGAAACCAGUCUAUUGAGUACAUUAUUAAAAUGGUUAUUGAACAGCGCCAAAAUAAAGAAUAUGCAGAGCUUGAGAAAAUAUACAAUAGUGAAAAAAGUGUUGCUGUAGAUGAUGUUAUUUUGAAAUUAAGAGAAAAACAUUUGUUUGAAAGAGAGCAACUGAUUGUGAAGCAUGAUGAAGAACUUAAGGAACUUCAACGAGAAGAAUCACAAAAUGAGGAGUUUCAAUUUUUAAAUGUGCAACUUUUGAACAAACAACAGAUUGAAUUAAAUGCAUUUGGUAAAAGUCAAUUUAAUGAGAGAAAAGCUUUGAAAAACAGAACAUCUGCUGAUUUUGAACUUCGUUUUGCAAAGAAAAAAAUUGAAAUGAAAGAGACUCAUUACAAGGAGUUUGCAGAAUACCUUCAUGAGUUUGUUCCACAUAAUACCGAUUUGAUUAAAAAAACACAGCAGUCUGUUAGUGAACUUGAAGAAGUCAAACACAAAUUAGAAGAUCAGAAAAAAGAAAUUGAUGAAAAGAUGAAAAAAGAAAUGGAAGAAUUUGAAAAAGUGGAAAAUGAAAGAGUUCAAUUAAAACUGUCAGAAUAUCAAGCUCAAAUUGAUAAGGAAAUUGAAGAAGAGAGGUUGAAAAAUGAAAAAAUUAUACAAACUUUGAGUUCUCGGAAAGAUGCUCUUCUACAUGGAAAAAAGGAAAAAGUAAAGGAAGAAAUAAAACUACUCGUAGAACGAGGUGCUUCUCAAGAAGAUCAAGAUGCGUUACUUAAAGAACACAACAAAGAUCUUGCUAAACUUAUGAACAAAAUGGAUUCAGAUCGGUUAAGAAUGCAAAGUCAGUUAGAAAGAAAACUUGAAAAAAAGCGUGAAGAACGAAGCAUGAAUAAAUUGAAAGAAGUGCAGCUUCAAUUAGAAGAGAAAAAAGAGGAAUUUCUUGAAACUUUGCAUAGCAAAGAAGAACAAUUAAAUGUAGAAAAUGGCUUAGCAUUACAAAAAACAUUAAACGUUGACAUUUUGUUGCUUACUCCUGGAGAAUCAGAUGAUGAUGAACAUGUAAAGUUACCAGUUUCUUAUCAAAUGGCAGCACCAAUGGGUGACUUAGAAAUUACAAAAUUACUUAUGGAUUCACCAUUGUAUAAUGCACUGCUUCGUGUUAAAGGAAAACUAUCUAUGGAGAUGAAAUCUUUGGAAACAUCUUCAUCUAACUGUGAUAUGCCCAACAACAUUUCCAAGUAUGAAAAAAAAAGUUUAAACAAUAAUCUUGUACCUGUAGACUUAAGUAAAAUGAGUGCUCGUGAUUUUAUCAUAUACAAAUUUUCAUGUUUUAUUCGGGAUUUGCUUAUUGUUCAUUGUGCUCAUAAACCUGUUGACAUACUUAUGGCUGAUGAACUUCCAGAAAAUACUUCACUUAUGGGUAAUUCUUACAGAAAUUCUUUUUUUUACGAUUCUCAUAACAGAAUUCUCUACAUGCGACAUAAAGAUUUGGAUAAAAUUGGAGAGUUUGUAUUGGUUCUAGUGCACACAUUGUCACAUGUGCAUGUUGAAGACAUGCGAAAUGAUCAAGAUCCAAAGUUUUUACAAGAGUUCCACAAAGCUUUGGGUGUUGUUUUUUUCGAUUUAUUUUUAUCUCGUUUCCGACGCUUUAAUGCAUUAAAUGAGGCAUUAUUGAAUUUUCCAGAAGAAACUACUCAAAAUGAACAAAAGAGUAAAAUGAUAUUAGAAAAUUUGUUUGGUGCCGCUCACAAUCAACAUGAUCGAGAAAAUCUUGUUGACUCCUUGUUGGAUAGUAAACUACUUCGAUCUCAAAAUAGUGGUGAAUUGUUUAGUCAUGAUGCAAUAUUUCAAAGGCUAAGUAAAUACACUGAUUAUGUUGUUGGAAACAAACUAAAAAGUUUUCUUGGUGAAGUUGAAGAGAAAUUAAAAAAUGCUAAAUAUCAGGGAACUCAAACUGAAAUUGACCGGCGUUUAUUUCAAUUAAAGGAAAAAGAUUUGACUUCUUUCAAUAAUAUGGACAAAAAUAUAGAUGCAAUUCAGAGGUUUUCUCGUCAGAGUGUUCGAAACUCCGCUCUAGCUCGGACCUCGCUAAAUCUUUCUUUGAUUCCAAAACGGUCAAGUUCAAAUCAACGAGGUGACCCAGAUGGCGCUGAAGAUGAUUGCUACGAGAUAUUUUUAAAUUCUCAAAUUAACGAUUUACAAGAAAAAAUAGAUGAGGUGGACUGUCAAUUUACAAAUUACACAAGACAAUCACUAGUUCUCUCAAACCAAAUUAAAAGAUUGGAAGGAGAACUGAUUGGUCAAGUUGAAAGCGCGCGAAAUGCUUUAAACAACUCAGACUUGCUCAAUUUAAGUGAAAUUGUUCAUAAUUCAAAUAAUAACUUGAAUGCGGCUCGUUCUCAGCUUACCCACGCUAUUAUUGGAAAGUCGGAAUGCAUUAAAAGAUUAGACGCGUAUAAGAACGAACUUGCUGAAAGACAGUCUAUGCUUGAUCAGCAUAAAAGAAAAUCUGAGAAGUGGAAAGAUUCCUCUGAAACUUAAGAGCGAAAUACAUGAAUAAAAAAAAUACAUGGACUGAUAUUACCUAUUAGAUUUUCAACUUUGAUAAAUGUUCAUUUACAAUCAUUUUUUUAAUUGCAUAAAAACUUAAAAGAAGCGUAAAAAUAUAUAUAUUCUGAAAUUUUACAAAAAUAAAAAGAAUAAAAAAGCUCUACUAAUGAACAGUUUUCUUGAUAAUUUCAACUUUUAUCGUUGGUAAAGUGAUCAAUAUGUUAAAACAGUUGCUUCCAAGGCAAAAAAUAAAAUCGAUUAUUUAUAUUUUUUUUUAUUGAAAAAUUUAAUCUGCGAAAGUUAAUUAUGUCUUUCAAAAAAGUUGAAUAUAAAGAAAUGUGAAGUUCACUUUUCUUAAUAUUCAACGCUUAAUAUUUAUAUUUAUUUAAAUUUUGUAUAUUCACUUGUAUUUUUAUGUGUGAGUAACUUAUAUAUUAAUAUAUUAAAUUUUAUAUGGUCUGUAUAACGACAAUGGUGUCUAUAUACAGCCGGAUACAUCUAAAUAUUUGUUGACUUUGUAUUUUUAUUCUACGAAAUAAAUAAAUAAAGAUUUAUUAAAA